AUGCUCGUGAAAGGACUUGCUUUGGUCGGAGCCACCAAUGCCGCCAUCAGAAGCCGAGUAGGUACCCACCACGCCAGUGUUGAAGACUACACAAUCGGCUCUGUCGAUCUCUCCAGCUUCAUCACAGCCUGGAAUUACACAAUGGGUCCACCACCACGAAGAUGGUACAAGGCCAAGUUCGGUCUCGAGUACUCGCCAGAGACCAACGACAACAUCAUCAAGAAAUCGGGAGAGAAUGGAGAAACCACCGAAGAUUUCGACUUUGGCGCCUUGACCAAGGACCACUACUGUCGAUACAGAGAAGCAGGAACUGAGAGAGAAGGCCAGUGCUGUACAGAAGAGGAUGACCACUGCUACACUAAGGCUGGCUGCUACUGCGACGUCGCUUGCUUCACUGUUUACGGCGAUUGCUGCACUGAUCAUUUCGUCACCUGCUACGAGGACUUGAACUUGUGCUUGAAAAAGAUCACCAACAAGGCCGAAACUGAGCUUGCCCAGGCUUUGGAAGGCGAAAACGCAAAGAAAGAGAAACAGAGACCACUCGGCAGAAUGGGAGGCAUGCAGCUCGAUGUUCAAACUGGACAUGUUGUGCCAAAUGCCUGCUGCGGCCAGAAAGAAUACAACGACGGAGUCGAGUGCUGUGUCAAGGGAGCCAACGGAAAGAAAGUCUACAGAAUCGACCAAGAUAACUCUCCUUGUGCCGAAGAGAGUGAAUACGAGUACGAAGAAGAAGAGGAAGAAGACAAGCACAAAACACAACAACAACAAAACCACAACAACGACUACACACCUCCUCUUGUAUCUAUAUUCUUCUACAACACUGACAAUACUCGACGAUUUACUCGACACCUUUUCACCAAAUCUGACGUCACGAACACAGAAUCAAAGUCACCACCACCACCACAAUCGCACCACAAAGCUACACACGAAUCGACAUGA